AUGUCUUUCCUCCUAAAUCUGAUUCCCGCAAUCUCCCACACCAAUCAUGACGAAAUGCACGAACCUAAUCAGACUCACCUCCACAGGCACGCUGACACAUCUCCAACCAACCAGCACAACACCAGCCACAAAAUGACAACGACCGAACCGAUCCACGUGACAACAGGCUCGGGCGAAUCACGUGACCACACAGAACCGCGCCACGUGACUCCGACGUCGCCGAACGCGCUUGACGGCCGCAGAAUCACCAUCGCAUAUGCGACCGAGACCGGCAACGCCCAGGACUUUGCCACGCUGCUGGGAAACGCAUGCACCCGGCUCCGGUUCGAGAGUCACGUGGUUCAGAUGAACGACCUGAGCCCCGAAACUCUGGCGCAGGACGUUUCUGUGCUCGUUAUUGUGUGUUCUACCACUGGCCAGGGCGAGAUUCCUCUGAACGGAAAGAAGCUGUGGAAGUUCCUUCUCCGAAAGAAGCUCCCGCCCAAUCUUUUGAGCCACGUGACAUUCACGACGUUUGGGCUCGGCGAUUCGUCCUAUCCCCGGUUCAAUUGGGCUAUUCGGAAGAUUCAUAAGCGGUUGAGUCAGCUGGGAGCUUCUGAAGUGGGAUCGCGUGGAGAGUGUGACGACAUGUCUCCUGAUUCUAUCGAAACCAUGUACAAUGAGUGGCAGGCCCGUUUUUGCGAGUCUCUUCUCAAGGCUUUCCCCUUGCCUGAAGGAGUUGAAGUCAUUCCUGGUGAGAAGUUGUUACCAGCCAAGUUCCCGGUCAAAGUGCUCACAAACAAGCCCAAGAGGGAUACCAGUGACGCCGACCAUGUGGCAUGCACUCGGAAGGACGUUUUGCAGGGCACUGUGGUGGGUAAUGAGCGAGUUACUGCCAAGGGACAUUUCCAAGACGUGCGCUUCUUUCAGAUUGACGCCAACACGGAAGAUAACGACAUGGCCGACCUGUCACGGGACUUUUCCAAACUUAACAGUGACUCACGUGACCUGCACGAUGUUUCCCGCGCAGUCUCUGCUGGUUCUUCCAUUGAUUUUUCUACUGGAGACACGGUUUCUUUGUUUCCCCAGAAUUCCGUUGCCGAUGUGGAUCUUCUUCUUCGAGACCAGGGCUGGGAGGAUAUUGCUGACUACAAGCUUGACGCCCCUUCUCUUCCUCCUAUUGAGGGAGGCUAUGUGACUCCUCUGACACUUCGGUCUCUGAUUACCCAUCAUUUGGACAUCAUGGGUAUCCCUCGACAGUCGUUUUUCACCUAUGUGUUUCAUUUUGCCACCAGCGAGCGUCAGAAGGAGCGUCUUCAAGAGUUUUCGCAGCCGGGAGAAGGUCUGGAGGAUUUGUUUGACUAUGCCAACCGACCGCGGCGUUCGAUUCUCGAGGUUGUCACCGAAUUUGAUUCUCUCAAGAUCCCUCUCAAGUACGUGCUUGAUGUGUUCCCUCUGAUGCGUCCUCGACUGUUUAGUAUCAGUCAGAAGGCCCAUACUAUGCCCAUCCAGCUGUGUGUUGCCAUUGUUAAGUAUCAGACUAUCAUCAAGCGUAUUCGAGAGGGAGUUUUGACUCGGUGGCUUGGAGGACUUGCGAUUGGCCAGAAAAUUGUCUUCACCAAGCACUCUACUCCCAUUCCCGAUCUCGACAACUACGAUGUCAUCAUGGUUGCCCCCGGCACUGGCGUGGCUCCCAUGCGGUCGUUGAUCUUGUCUCGGGAGUCUGAAAAGGAGACUGUGUUGUUCUUUGGCAACAGAUUCCGAGAGAAGGACUUUUUGUUCCAGGCCGACUUGGAGAAGGCCGUUGGAGACAAGAAGCUGAAUCUGUUCACGUCCUUCUCGAGAGACGAAAACUCGGGAGGUUACGUCCAGCAGGAAAUGUACCGGCAGAAGGAGCUGGUUGCCCGGGUGCUUUGUUCGAAGCAGGGAGUGCUGUAUGUGUGUGGUAGCAGUGGCAAGAUGCCUCGAGAGGUGCGAAUCACUGUGGUCACGUGCAUUCAGGAGGUGAAUGGGUGGACUGAGGAGCAGGCCGAGGAGUGGGUCAAGGGUAUGGAAAAGAGUGGACGGUAUUUGCAGGAGACGUGGUAG